AUGAAGAUUUACUACAUUGGUGUUUUCCGCAGUCCAGCGGAGCAGAGUUCGGAUGAGAAGGCGUUGGAGUUGACAGAAGUGAAGGACCUUUCCCAGUUUGGGUUCUUUGAGAGGAACAGUGUUGGUCAGUUCAUGACUUUCUUUGCCGAGACCGUGGCGACCAGGACCACUGCUGGCCAGAGACAGAGUGUAGAGGAAGGUAAUUACAUAGGGCACGUCUAUGCCCGCAGCGAGGGUAUAUGUGGUGUUUUGAUCACUGACAAGGACUACCCGGUGAGACCUGCGUACACGCUGUUGAACAAAGUCCUGGACGAGUACCUAGUUGCGCACCCUGCGGACCAGUGGAAGAGCAUCACUGCCACGAACGACUCCUUGAAGAUGGCUGAGCUGUCUACGUACAUCAGCAAGUACCAGGACCCUGCGCAGGCGGAUGCGAUCAUGAAGGUCCAGCAAGAGCUAGACGAGACCAAGAUUGUGCUGCACAAGACCAUAGAGAAUGUGUUGCAAAGAGGUGAGAAGCUGGACAACCUGGUCGACAAGUCCGAGUCCCUAACUGCGAGCUCGAAGAUGUUUUACAAGCAGGCCAAGAAGACCAACUCAUGCUGCAUUAUCAUGUAG